UCACCAUCCUUUCGAUUUUAUCAUACACCAUAAAAGCAAAACCAGAAGAGAAAGACAUUUAGAAUUAUGGGUCAGAUUUAUGAUUUCAUUCAUGGUUUAAAGCCAGCGAUGAUGAUGGUGGUUGUUCAGGUGGCCUUUGCCGGUGUAAAUGUGCUCUACAAAUUGGCGGCCAAUCAAGGAAUGAGUUUGAGUGUAAUUGUUGCUUAUCGAUUCAUUUUCGCUGCGGCUUUCAUGAUCCCUCUUGCUUUCUUUGUUGAAAUGAAAAGCAGACCGAAAUUGAAUUGGAAGAUACUAUUUCAAGCAUUUCUAUGUGGGCUAUUCGGGGGAUCAUUAGCUCAAAAUUUGUACUUGGAGAGCAUGGCCCUAACAUCUGUAACUUUUAUUUCAGCUAUGUUUAAUCUCAUUCCGGCAAUCACCUUCAUGUUGGCCGUUGCUUUUAGACUAGAGAGAUUGAGAAUACAAACAAAGGCCGGGAAGGCAAAAGUGUUGGGAACAUUGUUGGGAAUAAGUGGAGCAAUGCUUCUCACAUUUUACAAAGGAAAAGAGAUUAAUAUUUUCUCAACAAAUGUGAACAUUCUACAUUAUGAUGGUAAUUCACAUCUCACAUCUCUGCACGCAGAACCUCAUAAGCGUCUCAUUGGCUUCCUGUUGGCAAUUGCCAGUUGUCUUUCCUAUGCCUCGUGGUUGAUUAUUCAGACUAAGAUGAGUGAAGAAUACCCAUGUCAAUAUUCAAGCACGGCAUUAAUGUGUGUGAUGGGAGCAAUCCAAGCUAUUGUUUUUGCCCUAUGCAGAGAAAAAGACUGGAGCCAGUGGAAGUUGGGUUGGGAUAUUAAGUUACUGACCGUAACAUACUCAGGAAUGGUGGCUUCUGGUUUAAUGGUGACUCUGCUAUCAUGGUGUGUGCGAAUGAGGGGGCCUCUAUAUGCGACUAUUUUUAGUCCUCUAUUGCUUGUGUUCGUAGCUUUUAUUGGUUCUUUAAUACUUGAUGAGAAGCUACACUUGGGCAGCAUACUUGGUGCGACGUUGAUUGUGUGUGGACUUUACUCGGUGUUAUGGGGUAAGGGAAAGGAGAUGAAGAAAGCAACUCAAUUAGUACCAUUUAAAGACUUUGGAGAAUCUGAAUCAGUUGAGGUUGAGGUUGUUAUAAACUCAAACAAUGACCAAACUUGUAAUACUAACCACAACAUCAUUAGUAAUAUGGGUGAUGCAGAUAUCUCAUCUAAGGAAAAUGAAGGAAAAGAAGAAAAUGUGAUAGUGAAGAUAAAGUAAAGCAAAGAAAAAGAAGAAAAUGAUUUGGAAGAUAAAUGUAUCUGAUAGAAUGUAAUGAAGAAAGCAACACCA